AUGGAUUCCAUCUCGCUCAACCGAGCAGCUCUCGACGAGUUCGUCACAACUCGAGUCACUCGUGAAAUGAUCACCCACUUGGCCCAACAAGCCGGUCAGGUCAUCCGCUGUGAAGCCCAUGUGACCAACACAGUCAACCAGAACGGACAACCCACGCCACCAGCCACUCCCCCCAUGGAACCAACCGACUUACCUGCACUACCAUCCAUUGAAGCAUUCAUUGCCUCAUUAGUCGCCCGGUCGCAGGUACAAGUCCCCACACUCAUGAGCUCCCUGGUCUACCUCGGCCGUCUCCGUUCCCGUCUGCCGCCAGUUGCCAAGGGCAUGCGCUGCACAGUCCACCGCAUCUUCCUCGCCUCACUCAUUCUCGCCGCCAAGAACCUCAACGACUCGAGCCCCAAGAACAAGCACUGGGCCCGAUACACCGUCGUCAAGGGCUUCGAAGGCUUCGGCUUCUCCCUCCCAGAGGUCAACCUCAUGGAACGCCAGCUCCUCUUCCUUCUAGACUGGGAUCUCCGCAUCAGCGAAGAAGACCUAUUCACCUACCUCGAGCCCUUCCUAGCUCCGCAUCGCCAGCGUCUCAUCGCCCAAGAGCGCGAACGUCUCGCAGAAGAGGAACACCGCCACAAGCAGCAACAACACCGCGAAUGGCGCCGUCUCCACGCAUCAGCAGACCUCCUCGCCAGCCGUCUCCGCAGACAAAAACUCGAAGCCCGCUGUGACAGCCGUCGCGCAGACAACUCCCUCCGUCGUCUCCCAAGCCACGCCUCCUGUCCAAGCGUACACAACGCCUACAACGCCCCGCAAUCAGCCGCAGACCACGAUCGCUACAACCCUUACCACCGCCAACGCGCUUCCCCAAAUCGCGUCCACCGCUCCAUCUCCCCGCCCUCAGUUCGUGACGUCCCGCCUCUCACUCACGCCGAGACCUUCAACUCUCUUUGCUCGCGCUCUUCCAGUCUCGCUCCUGCCAGCUCAAGGGGAACACCGGCGUCCAUAAGCACGGUCUCCUCCCACGGUACCGACGACGUCAUCCUCACGGACCUGGGCCGCAGUCCGUCCUCUAUCUCCUCACUGAACUAUAGCUACGUUAACGUCGGCCAUCUCGAAACUAAGAAAUCUUUCGAGCCUUCCCGCCAGCCUUCGAAGAAAAUGAAGGUCGGCGGCCAUGCUCAUAGCGGCGGUUUUGUCGCGAGGUUCUUGGCUUCGGCGACGGGUUCGUAUAUGGGUGGUCGACGAUCUCAUUAA